AGUUUUCUUCACUCUGAUAUCUGAUUUGACGAAAACAUUUCCCUCUCAUUCUUUCUUCUUCCAACAAAUCAUUUCAUCUCUCUAAACUGAUUUCAGUUAUUUAGCGUGACUCACAUCAUCAAUUCAAUGGCGAUUGUCACUUCUAUAUUCAAUGGCGAUUUGACGAAAACUGAUUUCAUCUGCUCAUCUAUGAAUCCGAAGAUCGGACUCUCAUCGAGAUCACUACAUUUAAAACCUCGUGAAGAAUCAAUUAGGUUUCCUGUAAAUCCAGUCCAGUACACAUCAUCAUCUCUAUCUCUGAAGAAAAAAUACUUAUGGAAAUCUGUGAUCGUGGCUUCUAUUCAUCGCGCUGAACCGGAGGUUGUCACAGAAGACACCUGGGAUGAGUAUGUGUUGAACAGUGACAUUCCUGUUAUCGUGGAGUUCUGGGCUUCUUGGUGUGGUCCCUGCAGGAUGGUCCACCGUGAGAUUGAGGAAAUCGCAAAUGAGUACGUUGGGAAAAUCAAGUGUUACAAGCUCAGAGCAGAUGUGGAGUUCAAAGUUGCCGAGAAGUAUGGAGUCAAAGCUGUUCCAAUUGUUUUGUUUUUUAAGAACGGCGAGAAGAGCAAUUCGGUGAUUGGUACCAUGCCCAAGCAUGUCUAUACAGCAGCCAUUGACAAGCUCCUUACACCCUCCUCCUGAGGCAGUUUCUUUUUUUCAUCUUUGGACCUGGACAUCAUGUAAGUAGUUUGGAAUGUGGAUCUCCAUUUUAUCACAAGAGUUGGUGUGGCCAUUUUCUUUUCUUUCUGUAGGGUAAGACUUUCAGCUUUCCUGCAUUUCCAUAGACUUUAUGGUAGGCUCUGAUAAUGUUCCGUACAUGAAUGAAUUAUUGACCUGUUAAUAGGUGUUGAUACAAGUUGUCCUUAGAAGUUGCCUUGAUCCGUUUUAGGUGGAUCACUCGGUUCGUUGUAUUUUCUGAUAUUCUUCUUCAAUUUGGGAACAAGGAACAUAUCGUUACUUCCCCCCAGUUUACAUGUAGAGGAUCCAUUCUUUUCUUUUAUUCAAGCAUCAUAAUGUAUAUUUGAAUUUGGAUAACUCUCAUGGAGUCUUCUGUAUACUUGUUCUUGUUUGAGGAACCUUUUAAUGAAAUAGAAAGCUGCACUUUUUCUGAAU